AUGAAUGUUUUUUUUGGCGGUUAUGUUCAUUCGAAGACAAACUUGAAGGAGUUUGUCGACCUAUUUGACAGUGUGCUGAGGAAGAAAAUUGAGAAUGAAAAUCAUGCGGAAUUCCAGUCACUUAGUCAGGUCAUUCCCUGCAUAUCUAGAUCUCCAAUUGAAAAGAAAUUCCAAGAGCUGUACACUAACGCUAAAUUUAGGGAAGUUCAGCAGCAAGUAAUUGGUGUGCUCGAUUUGGAUCCAUCUCUACUUACAUCGGAUGAUGUAAUGAAGAGUUAUUUGGUAGAAGAUGAAGUUCGUAUUGAGGAGUUCCCUAAACCGGUGACAUAUUCAGUGGACUUUAAUGAGGAAGACUGCAAUGCUAAGUGUUCAUGUAGGUUAUUUCAGAUGAGAGGGAUACUAUGUAGGCAUAUUUUGGCCGUAUUCAAGUCUAACGGUAUAAAAUCAUUGCCAAACCGGUACAUUCUAGACCGACGGAGAAAGGACAUCAAGAGGAGAUACACGUUCAUUCGCAGUAGCUAUGACGCUGGGGAUCAAAGGCCAAAUGGUAAUAGAUAUUCAAUUCUUUUGAAUAUGUGUUAUGGGAUGAUAACUUAUGUGGCGGAUUCUAAUGAGCAAUUCGAAGAUGCAAAGAAGAGGAUACAGGAGAUGACUGAAUGUUAUCGCGACCAGACACGCAACUUAUCUCAAACCCAAACAGGUUCGAAUGCUGGUUUGAUGACAGAGGACAAAACUACAGUUGGUAGUUCACAACAAAUGAAGAGUCCACUUGUUGUUAGAGGGAAAGGAAGACCCCCAUCUCUGAGGCGACCAUCCAGGAUGGAGACGGACAUGCGAAAGGUUAAAGCCAAACAAAAGAAAGCACAAGUCAUAGGGAAAUGCAAACAGCGAGAAGGAGAUAUACCAAUAGUGGGCACGCACAGGAAUUUAUUUGGGCCAUCAGAAGUGGAUAUCACCAAUCCUGGACAAGUGCAGGAUUACAAAAUUUUCCUUGGUUCCCAGCAAUAA